AUGAGCAACAGCGAGUGGAACGAUCCCGAGGCCAAUGUGCUUCCGGAGAAGAUCCAAGAGUUGGAGCAGAAUGGCGAGCUGCCCAAGGAUACGAAGAGGAAGAGAGUCGUGGUGGUAGGCUUGGGCAUGGUGGGCGUGGCCUUCAUUGAGAAGCUUCUGAAGCUCGACGCGAAGAGACAAGAGUAUGAAGUGAUUGUGAUUGGAGAAGAGCCUCACCUGGCCUACAACAGAGUCGGCUUGACAAGCUACUUCCAGCAUCGAGAGGUCGAGAACUUGUACCUCAAUCCGGCGUCCUGGUACGCUUCGAUGCCAGAAGGCUCUCUGAACUACCACCUCAAUACACUAGUGACGGACUUGGACACCGAGAACAAGACCGUGAGCACGGCCCAAGGCACGACAGUGCCAUACGACAUUUGCGUGCUCGCAACUGGAUCCAACGCCGUUCUGCCUAGACACACUCCCGGAUACGACGCAAACGGUGUCUUCGUCUAUCGCACCAUUGACGACCUGCAAAAGCUCAUCCAUUUCUCAUCUUCGAGGACGGGCACGGUGGGUGCCGUAGUGGGAGGCGGCUUGCUGGGCCUCGAGGCCGCCAAAGCGAUGAUGGAUCUUGAAGAAUACAGCAAAGUGAAGCUUGUCGAACGCAAUAGAUGGGUACUCAGCAGGCAGCUGGACGGAGACGCAGGAGGCAUGGUGGUCGAGCAAGUGCGACAGCUGGGCCUCGACGUCUUGCUCAGCAAGCGAGUGGGCAAGAUCAACACAGACGAGAAGAACAACGUCACCGGCGUUACCUUCGAAGACGGAGAAUCAAUGGAAUGCAGCACCAUCUGUUUUGCUAUCGGCAUAAAGGCACGAGACGAACUGGCAAGGACAUCCGGCAUCAAGUGCGCUGAUCGAGGCGGUGGCAUCAUCAUCAACGAAAGUCUGCUCACAUCAGCACCCGACGUCUUCGCUAUUGGCGAGUGUGCUAGCUGGGAAAGCCAAACAUUCGGCUUAAUUGCUCCCGGUGUUGAGAUGGCGGAUGUCUUAGCAUUCAAUCUCACCCAGGCCAAAGCACAUGCACCAAGAAAGUUCAAGCGACCCGACCUCAGUACAAAGUUGAAGCUGCUGGGCGUAGAAGUCGCAAGCUUUGGCGACUUUUUCGCGGAUCGAGACGGACCAAAACAAUUGCCAGUCAGGCGGCAUGGUAAGAAGGAAGGGACCCAAGAUACGAGCGACAAGGUCAAGAACCUUACUGAAGGCCCUCCACCCUCGCCGGUCAAGGCACUAACGUACAAGGACCCCUUCCAACAGGUCUACAAGAAAUAUCUGUUCACCAUGGACGGGAAAUAUCUGCUCGGAGGCAUGAUGAUUGGCGACACCAAAGACUAUGUCAAGCUUGUUCCCAUGGUGAAAAAGCAAACGCAACUCGAGGUGACUCCAUCGGAGUUCAUCCUUGGCAAGAACUCCGGCGACGACGACGCCGACGAUCUGGACGACGAUACGCAGGUUUGCUCUUGCCACAACGUGACCAAGGGCGAUAUCACUAAAGGCGUCAAGGACGGCACUUGCAAAUCCAUUGGCGACGUGAAAACGUGUACCAAAGCUGGCACAGGCUGCGGAGGCUGUAUGCCUCUCAUCCAAACAAUCUUCAACAAGGGUAUGGCGGAUAUGGGUGUGGAGGUCAAGAACCACCUCUGCCCGCACUUUGAAUACUCCCGCGCCGACCUGUUCAACAUCGUCUACGUCAAGAAGCUUCGAUCGUUUGCUGAGGUGAUGAAGGAAGCCGGCAAAGAAGCCGAAGCAGCAGGUUGCGAGGCUUGUAAGCCUGCUAUCGGAUCUAUUCUCGCAUCUCUCUACAACAAGCCCAUCAUAGACGAGGACCACCGAGGACUGCAAGAUACCAACGAUCGCUUCUUGGCCAACAUUCAACGAAACGGUACCUUCUCCGUUGUACCGCGUGUCUCCGGAGGUGAGAUCACGGCUGAGAAGCUGAUCGUAAUCGGCACCGUGGCGAGGAAAUUUGGCUUGUAUUGCAAGAUCACUGGUGGUCAGCGAAUCGACAUGUUCGGCGCCAAAAAGCACGAUCUCCCAGCCAUCUGGCAAGAACUCAUUGAUGGCGGAAUGGAAUCGGGUCACGCAUACGCCAAGAGUCUUCGAACCGUCAAAUCUUGCGUCGGUACUACAUGGUGUCGAUUCGGUAUCGGUGACUCGGUCGGUAUGGCUGUGCGACUUGAGGAGCGAUACAAGAGUGUGCGCUCUCCUCACAAGAUGAAAGGUGGUGUCUCCGGCUGUGUUCGUGAAUGCGCAGAAGCGCAGAACAAGGACUUCGGUCUCAUCGCUACAGAGAAGGGUUUCAAUCUCUUCGUCGGUGGAAACGGAGGUGCGAAGCCGAGACACAGCGAGCUGCUCGCGAAAGACGUACCUCCGGACGAUGUCAUUCCUAUCCUCGACCGCUAUCUGAUGUUCUACAUGCGCACUGCAGACAAACUCCAGCGGACGGCCCGAUGGAUCGAGAACUUGCCAGGAGGAAUCGACUAUCUGCGGAAAGUCGUGCUGGAGGACUCGCUUGGCAUCUGUGCUGAGCUGGAAAAGCAAAUGGAGGAAUUGGUGGGCUCUUUCUUCUGCGAAUGGACAGAAGUACUCAAGAGCCCCAAACGUUUGGAGCUCUUCCAACAGUUUGGAAACACCAAGGACAAUGUCGACUCGAUUGAAAAAGUCCCGGAGCGAGAUCAGCAGCGUCCUGCGUAUUGGCCCAAAGAGUCUGUCAAGGAGGACUUCAGGGGCACGAAGUGGUCUUCGCUUUCUUGGCAACCGAUGGCACAGUGCCACCAGUUCACUGAUUCUCCUACUGGCUCUUCAUUGCCUAUCAAGCGUGGCGACACCCAGCUUGCUCUCUUCAAGGUGAAGGGCAAGUACUACUGUACACAGCAGAUGUGUCCCCACAAGCGCGCGUUCGUCCUUUCUGACGGUCUCAUCGGCGAAGAUCUUUCGAAGAACAAACUCUGGGUCUCCUGCCCUCUGCACAAACGCAACUAUGGCCUUAAUGGCGAGGGUGCGGGCAAGUGCGGCAACGAUGAAGAAGUCAACAUUGCUACUUUCCCAGUCGAAGCAAGAGACGAUGGGCUCGUGUACGCCAAGUUGCCGCCUGUUGAGGAACUAGAUUCAGUGCUUGGUACGAGCAAGUGGAUGGUUAAGAAGGAUGAGACCGAGAAGCCGGGUGAUGGACCUUUUGAAAAGUUGGACAAGAGGUUCAAGAUGAAGGGACGGAAGCCAUUUGCUGCCAGUCACUUGCCUGGAGGACUGGGUGAAGAAGGCAAGGCGAGGCAGAUAUUGGCCGGCGGGGAGCGAGGAACUGGCGGAGGAAUGGACUGGUAA